AUGACUCAGUCGGGGCGCUUGUCGCCGUCCAAAGCCGUCAAGAUUGAGGAAAUAGAGGAAAUCGUGGAGACCGAGGAGGUCAUCCUCUCUCCCGAAGACCUGCACCACGAAGAGUACGAGAUCACGUCGGUGCCGAUCGAAACGACGACGACGGUGCAGACCGUCAAGCGGACCGACAUCCGUGACCUGGCCCGGGAGGCGCACUACCAAGCCAAACUGCUGCAGCAGGAAAAUGAAGCUCAAGAGCUCAACUUCCAGCCGGCGUCGAGCGCCGAGGACACCGAGGGUUCGGACGGUGAACACUACAAAGUCGAGGGUGACCACAGCUUCAAAACCGAGUAUGAGGGCGACCUGGACAUGGACGGCAUCAGUCCGAACAACUCGUCCUCGAUCCGGAAGCGGCGCGGUAACCUGCCCAAACACUCGGUAAAGAUUCUCAAGCGCUGGCUGUACGAGCACCGGUACAACGCGUACCCGAGUGACGCCGAGAAGGUGACGCUGUCGCAGGAGGCCAACCUCACGGUGCUGCAGGUUUGCAACUGGUUCAUCAACGCGCGGCGGCGAAUCCUGCCGGAAAUGAUCCGACGGGAGGGCCACGACCCGCUGCACUACACGAUCUCGCGACGGGGCAAAAAGCUGAACAACCAGCUGGCCAACAUGUCCGGACCGAACCCCAUCACGAUGAGCCCGGCGUCGGAGGUCAUUGUCGGUGCCACCGAGGAGAUUAUCGAAGAGGAGGAGGUCAUCGAGGAGGGCGUACCUAACAUUAUUACUUCCAGCAUCGGGCAGCAGUACGUGCAGACGCCGGCCGGUCUGGUGAAGGUCGAAGAGGACGUGGACUUUGAGGACCACAUAAUCUACCGAUCGGACGAGAGCAACAUCGAGUACGAGUACCCGGAGGAGGAGGAAGAGCUGCAAACCGAACAAACCGAGUGGGACGGCAUCAUCCGGUACGCCAACGACAAGGACGACGAAAUUCCAGAAGAAAUAACGGAAGAGGAAGUGAUUGCGUCGGACAGCCCCGUCAACGAGUACUUCACCACCACCACGACGACACACAGCAGCCAUCUGCCGCAAGCGUCGUCCCAAACCCUGAGCACGGGCAACGCCUCCGAGCGUUCCGCACCGAACACGGCCACAAAAGUGCUCGCCAAAUCAGUUCCCGCUGGGCUGACCCGGGUGCAGGUGGUGUCCGCGGCCAGCACAAACGCAGCGUCGAGCAACAACAGCGCGUCCACGCCGAUCGUGGUCAAGGCGGCCACAGCCGCAGCGGGGACCACCAUCGUGACGACACCGAUCCAGCUGGGCAAGACGGGGACGACGGUGAGGAAGCUUAUUACUACGAGCACGCCGACGACGACGGCGGCGGCGGCGACAGUGGAAACGUCGAAUGCGAAGUCGUUGAAUUCGUCGUCGGCGACGACGACGACGGCAGUGCUUUCGUCAUCGAAUAUAAACAAUAACAACAACAACAACACCAGCAGCAGCAAUAACAACUCCCAGCACACGACGACCGCCGUCAAGGUUAAAGGCGUCAUCCGCGACGACAAGGAUCAGUUCAAAUGCCUGUACCUGUUGGUGGAAACGGCCGUGGCGGUGCGCCAGCGGGAAAAGGAACAGGACGACGUGCACGUGCUCGCAAGAAGAAAGUGGUAAAACCGGAAGUGACAGCAAGAACCAAGCUAGCAGCAGCACGCACACAGGAAAAAAAUGUCCCCCUCCCAUCAGUCACAAACAGAUAGGGAUGGUAUCUUGGGAUUUGUUUUGUUUUCUAUUUAAUUUUGAACGAAUUCGAGUCACAGUCAAGUUUGAAUGCGCUUCCCCCCGCGUCACGUGUCACUCCCAUGCUUUCUCGUUGUUUUGUCAUACGCGUUACGAUUUUAUUUACUUAUUUAUCACGAUUUAUAGAAGCGAGCGCGCGCCCCCCUCAAGCAAGGGGAUUCAGUCGAAAUAGAUGGUCGAAGGAGGAAGGGAAGAAACAGCAGGAAUUUCGGUACGGUUAGAAAACGGACAGCAAACACUCUCAUAAAUAAGUACGUUUUAUAAAUAAAUGUAAAAAAAGCUCUAUUAUAUAGAAAUAAUCAAAAACAAUUCAAAUAAAAAUCCUCACGGGAAAUAUUAAAAAAA